AUGGCCGCAGGGAGUGUUGGAGAUCUUGUGACGGUUACCACUGAGUACUACUCAUGUAAUCUAAUAUUAAUGGACCUACCCACCAUAGCUUUGUCACAUGACAGAUCCUUGGCUCAAAACAAGAAGACUUCCCGCAACAAUUACAUAACAACACUCAUAUUGACAACCGUGCUGGGCCUUGUCCAUUCAUUCAUGCAGCGCAUCUUUCAUGUGGAACAGAUUGCUCAGCUUGAGGACGCUGCACCUUUUGAUCCAGAAAACGAGGUCACAGCCCAGGAUCCGGAAAAUAAGGCCAAGAAGCAUGUCGAUACCAAGAUACGAUCCACACCAAAGUGGCUGCAUUCUGGGGAGGACCUCGAGAUUCUUAUAACGGAUGUGCAGAAGACGUCUUUGAACUCGAACACGCCCUAUAUUACCUACAUUAUUCGUGCAGGCAUUGCGGAAGCGAGACAUUGGUACUCGGAAUUCGAGUCCCUGAGGUCAAGCCUCGAGAAGCUGUAUCCGACCAUCAUCAUUCCACCAAUUCCAUCAAAGCACCCCAGCUUGUCGAACGAGCAUGGAUUCCAUCGUUUUCUCGGCGGCGAGGUAUCUUGGGUCUGUGAAGUUCAUUCACCUCCUUUGUCCCUCCUUCCGAGGAACAUUCUCAAAGCACCUUCGCAUAACCCGACAGAUUGGAGCGCCGCCUCUGCUUAUGCCGCACUUCCAAAUCCAUCAGCAACACACCCAUUGAGAAACCCUGAUCAGCGGUCCGUAGACUCCGAGAUAUUUACCAACAAAUUCGCAAGCCAUCUCAGUGGACCGAUGGAGAAGGUCACUCGGAGGACCUUGAAACGAUGGUCAGAAAAUGCUCAGGAUUACUCAGAACUUGGCCCUGCUCUAAACGGAUACAGCAUCAGCAAGACGCGGAAGACUAUCCAUCUCACAGUACAGGAUCUCAAGUAUUCGAGCUCGACGAUCCAGGCCGACCCAGAUCGCUUCCAGCGUCAGAAAGUAGCCGAUUUAAGGGAGAUGACUAUCAGCAUGGCAAGAAUUCACAGGGCCUGGUGCAAAAAGAACCUCAAGGCUUGGCAUGCGGCGGAGAUUGAGAAAAUUCCAGACCAUCAGAAUAAGAGACCUCCUUCUCCAAAAGUGUUUGUAGUCUUUGUUCUCCUGAACACCUUGAGGACGAUUCCCUCGCACUGUGACCUCAAUUUUUACGUCUACAUACACCGUUGA